AUGAACAAGCUUACAAUUCAGCAGAAUGAUGGUGCUGUAAAUGGAAACAAGAAUGAUCUGAAAUAUAUUAUUCCAGUAAUUGUUACAUUGUCGAUGCUGUUAUUUCCUGUGCUUGGAGCUAUUGCAUGGUUAGUGUAUGUAAAGAUUAUGCAGAAAAAGCAUCCGGCUAAUGAUGUAGAAAACCCACCAGUGACAGCACAGUCAGAGAAAGAUUCUCCAACACCUGAAAACUCUGAUAGGUGUCUAUUUAAAAAAUUGAAGCAGAAGAUGAGAAAGAAGAAACCAGUUACUGACGUGGAGAAUCCGCCAGAAGUAGCUCAGUCUGAGCUAAAACUUACAGGAGCUACAAGCUCUGAUAGGAGAAACCUGAGAGAAAUUACAGAGGAAAGCAAAGGUCAAAUAGAAAGUGUUCAAGAACCUGAAAGUGGAACUUUAUCACCAGCCUCCACUUUCAGCUUUCUGCAAUCUAUAACACCCUUAAAUAAAACACCUUCAAAGAAUCAGAAACAUAAAAAGGUACAACAUUCUAUCAAGCUUGAAGAGAUUAUAGAUAAUAAGGAAGACACAGAAGGCUUGAUGAAGCAGUUGAUGGCAUUACAGAACAAGUCACCAACUGCUAAUAAUCUCAAAAUUUCGGUGCACUAUGAACGGAUAGAAGAGACUGAUAGUAAGGAGGAAGAUGCUCCUCCACUGCAGAUUGAGAUGGAAACUACUUCUAUCCCACUGCAGACUUCAGAACCCUCAGAACCUGAGAGGAUAGAGAAGAGUGAAAAGGCAGAAACGGAAACAGCUCCUAGUAAAGGAAGCCUUCCAAAACCUGGAAGUGAGGUUUGUCUGCCACCCAGUGCUUUAAGCUUUCUGGAACAGCUGAAGGCUUCGUUUAAAAAGCCUUCUGGGAAUCGGAAACGCAAAAAGGUACAGCGCACUAUGAUGAUUGAAGAGAUUAUAAGUGAUGAGGAAGACACUGCUGAAUAUACUGAAGUAUUCUUGAAGCAGUUAAAGGACGUAUGUAAUGAGUCCCCAACUACUUAUGACCCAAAAAUUGAAGUGCAAAUUCUGCAGCUUGAACCAAAUGAAGACACCUGUAGUGAUGAACUUACUUUGCAAAGUGAGCUACAAAGUGUUCCUUUGCUAGAACCCAAGAGUAAAGUGCCAGAGGUGCAUCUUGAACAAGCUGAAGACACCUGUGUUGACAAGGAAGACAAAGCUCCAUUGCGAGAGGACCUAUUUUUCUAUUUCUUAUUAUCAUGUGCUAAUGCAGUGCAAAAUAUUUCUCAGCAACAGUCGUGAGAACCAGAGAGAGAGGUGCAUCCUGUUCAUUCCAAACCAACGUAAAAUGCCUGAAUUGAUGAACAAGGAGAACCUUUUUCAAAAGGGGAGUAGAAGACACCUGGAUGAACAGAAGUGAUUAAAUAUUAUUGCCUUGAGAGUAAAAAACCCCAGUUUUUCGUUAUUCACUUCUGACUACGUUACAUGCUCCAGUCUACAAUAAGAACAAGAAAUCAACAUACUGAACAUUAUUGGACUUCAACUUGCAAGAAAAGGAAAAGUGUACCUCCCAAUUGUACCUUUAACACAUAAAAGAAAUCUGAAGCAGUAUUGCAGGAUAUGGACUCUCAAGGACUUUUGGGUCUAUAACGAAUCUUCUUUCCCGAUUACAAGAUAUACGUUGGAACCCUAACUACAGUUUUCCAGAACAAGAAGCCAAUAUUUUUGGGACCUCAAAUUACAAACUGUUUAGUUUUUAAUAAUGAUGAUAAUGAUUAAUAAACUUUAUUUAUAAUAACGAAUAAUAAAUAAUUAUGUUAAUAAUGAUAAAUUGC